GGCGGCGGCCCUUAGCAACGGGGAGCUUGAGGCCGCCGCCGCAGAGAUGCUGCCGAGCGAGGGGAAAGCCGUGGGCAUCAUGGCCCGUCAGAGCCCCGAGCCCUCCAUGUACAGGCACAGGCCCACCUCGGAGCUAGCGCAGGACAUUUCUCAUUUGUUGACAAAAGUCUUUAAGAAUUUGUAUACUGCAGAGGUUAUAGGAGCAGAUACAGUAGAAAAUAUGAUCAAGUCCCGCGGGGGAAAUAAUGCCCAUCACGAGAAGUUUGUGGAAGAGUUGCAAAAGGUCCACUCAGAAUAUAACAACCGGCUGAAAGAAGCAGAGAUGCUAGAAAGACACAUCAUUCAGGCAAGGGCACGUGCCACAGCAGAAGAGGAAAGGGUCUUGAACUUAUAUAAAGCAGAAGUUCCAGAGGAAUACCGUCAAAUUGCAUUGCCACCAGUGAAGUCUUCCUUCAGAUGGUGUGUGGAUGACGAACUUCUUAAAAAGCAUAACUUAAUCUGUCCAGAAGAUUAUAUCACCGAUGCAGAUGUCAUUACCCGAGCACCUAAAGACGUGUCAGAACCUGGCUACUUACAGGAGAUACUUAGUUUUAAACAGCAUGUUGCUGAAAACAUAUCUGCUCCUAAAUUUAAAGAAAGUGUGCACAUUACGAAAAUACUAGAAAAUCUACCAGAAGUAUCUUUAUCUUCUUUAACACUGGAGUCUUCAGCUCCCGGGAUUCCAAAUCAGACUAGGAAACCAUUCUAUAAGAAGAAAUCUAAGCCUCCACGAAAACCAGCUUGGAUGAAUGACAUGACCAAAGCUGAGAGAGUAAAAGACCGUGCGUACCUCCAGAAACUUGAGGAGCGCCACAACUUCCUGAAAAACCCUCGUUUUUUCCCACCUAACACACAACGUGGAAGCAGGUCCCUCCUUUUGCCUCAAAAGAAGGUAGAGCGAUUGGUAGCAGGAAGGAAAAAGAUCGUGGUGGAAAGCAAUUCCCAGUCCGUUCCUAUCUUUCUAGCGAACCCACCGGCUGUUUUGUUUUCUUAUUAUGAAGUUGGCCAAGUUUAUGAGAUGACGGUAGAGUUACAGAACAUGACUUCAACAUCUCAGUGUGUCAGAAUAAUUCCUCCUGCUACAUCAGCCUUCAGCAUUGGGUUGGGAAUAUUUCCAGGCGAAGGAGGACUUGUUGCUCCAGGCAUGAGUUGCCACUACACAGUCCAGUUUAUUCCUGAACACUUAGCAGACUAUGAGGAUUACAUCCUGGUAGAGACUCAGUCGGCAUUUCCACUCCUGGUCCCUUUGAAAGGCCAAAGGCCACCUCCCAUCCUGACAUUGCCUCGCGUUUUAGAUUGUGGAGCCUGCCUUGUAGGUGGAAUAAAAUUUACAGAAUUUCCAUGCAAAAAUGAAGGGUCCAGUGUUGGGAAGUUUUGCAUCAUGCCAAAGAAAAUGUGGCCACCACUUCACUUUCGGGCUGUUGCCACUUUUGGUUUUGUGGAGCAAGAGCCAUUUGGGAUCCGACCCGCUGUUUUUGAGCUCGCUCCGGGCCAGUCAGCAUCAAUUGAGGUAGUGUUUGCUCCCAUUUUUGCUGAAGACCUGUCAGUGGUGUAUACCAUUGCUUGUGACAAUUGCCAGAUCAACGAUAUUACUGUGACAGGGCUUGGGCAGCUUAUAGGUCUGAAGCUUUUAUCUGUCACUGGUGGAGAAAGCAGCCCUAUCCCCGGGGAGCUUACAGAUGUCACAGCGCAGCAUCUUGUACGCUUUGAGUCUCUGAAUCCUUAUUCCAUGGCAGAGAAAACGUUGGUUCUAAGAAAUAUUACCCAUGUGGAGCUUCCUUUUUUCUGGCAAAUAAUGAAGCCUAAUCUACAGUCAUUAACACUGGAAGGAAAAGUAGACCUUGGGAAGAUCAAGUACAUCAUGGAGAAGGACUCUGCUUUCUCGAUCACUCCUGCUAUGGGGGUUCUGCAUCCCCAUGCUGAUCACUCAUUCACUCUCAGUUACCUUCCAAAAGAGCUGAAGGAGUAUCAUAGUGUGCUUCAGAUUGUGCUAGAGGACAUCCCAGAACUGCCUAGUUUUAAAAAAUUGACGCAAUAUGAUAGUGACGAAAGCCAAGCAGAGGAUGUGAUUGCCCUGGAAAUAGACCUCAAAGGACAAACAGAACCAUUUCAGCUCAUUUUAGAACCAUAUGCCAUUUUCAUCCCUGGAGAAAAUUACAUUGGUAUAAACAUUAGGAGAACAUUUCAGAUGUAUAACAACAGCAAAUCAUCAGUCAAGUUUGUUUGGGAGAGAAUCAGCAAUUGUGACAUUAUUGAAGUAGUGCCUCCUACAGGAAAGAUAAGGGCGAAUGAACACCAUACCUUUGAGUUCAUUAUUACUGGAGGGAAACCUGGACAUUCCACUCAUGACAUGUUGUGUACGAUUGUUCACUCGGCAGAGCCCGUGGUACUGCAUGUGGAAGCUGAUUUUAAGGGGCCUGUUCUUUCUAUUGACACACCAUCACUUGAUUUGGGCCUGAUUAAACUGGGGAGAAAAGUGCUUUGCACUUUUGAGAUUGCAAACCUAAGCCAGCUGACAGGAAAAUGGAAAAUGCAGGAAAGUCCUGCUUGCUUAGCUGAAAGGAAUGAAGAGACUUCUCCAUUCACAAUUCAACCAUCUAAUGGAGAAUUGGGUCCUCUUGAAAAAUGCAGUGUGUCAGUUUCAUUUUGGUCAAAUGUCUGUCAACGUAUACAGACAGUGUUAGAGAUGGAAGUGGAAAAUGGAGAUGGAAGCCACAUUCCUGUUUUCGUGGAAGUUCAGACUCCCCACGUGUGCCUCCUCUCAAGCCACUUAGAAUUUGAUCUCUCGCUUGGAAUUCCCUCAACAGCCACCGUCACGCUUUUUAACCAGACCCUCCUGCCAACACGCUUCACAUGGGGGAAGCUCUUUGGACGGCAGGCUUCUUCCUGUGUGUUUAGUAUCUCUCCAGAAAAUGGCAGUUUGGGUCCAAACGAAGAGAAGGACUUCUUUGUGGAACUAACCACCAAUACUAAGGACAAGCUGAGUGAGCUUACGCUAUGCUGUAGCAUUGAAGAUAUGCUAGACCCUCUCUUUCUGGCUAUUUCUGGGGAAGUAAAGGGGCUGGAGGUGACAUACUACAUACCCUCUGACAGUGAUGAGGAACAGAAUCAGGAGGAUUCUCCAGAGCUAAAGCUAGACUUUGGCUCUGAGGUGGCAUUGAAAAGUGUGGUGAAACGUCAGCUCAUCAUCACCAACCGUUCAGCAUUAUCUGCUUUUUUCACAAUAGAGGUUGACUAUUUCAGGAGCAGUCCACCUCCUCCUAAUGAAGAAGAACCUAAUGUCUCCCUCAACACAGUGGCGGAAAAAGCUAGACGGAUAACGAGACAGAUUGUGAAGAGAAAACAAUCAGCCUUCCGAGCAACCAUGCUUUCUCAAGGGAAGGGAGCGGCUUUCCAUGUGCAUCCCUCUUCAGGAAUCCUGAAAGCCUUCCAGGAGCUUGUUGUUGAAAUAACAGCCUAUAACAACAUGUGGGGUGAAUACCACGACAUUCUUGACUGCAAGGUUGGAGAAUCAGACCCCGUGUUGAUUCCCAUGCACAUGUCUGUGAAAGGCUGCCCGAUCUUCCUUCAGCUGACGGGACCCAACCAUCCGAUGCCAAUCCCGAUCAUCAGGUUUGGGGCCCACAUUUCUGGAGGAGACACAGUUUCACGCUAUAUCCGGCUCAACAACCCCACCCCCUUUGACAUCCGUAUGGACUGGGAAAGUUAUAACCAGGAUAAAGAUGAUGACAAACUGGUAGAUCUCUUGGUGUUCUAUGGUCCUCCUUUUCCAAUUAAAGACUUAGAUGGCAAUGAGAUUAAAAUCUGGGACAUUGAAACGCCUGAGGAUAAAACAUCUCAAACCUCAUGUUCCGCCUCACUAACAUCUCACAAGGACAACCAAAGCCUGGACCCAAUUUUGGAAAGCGACGAAACAAGUGACAGCGAUUCCUUCCGACCACCCACCCCAAGGAAAAUAAUCUCUGUGGUCAUUCGUCCACAUGAGGGGGUGCCCUCAGACUACCCCUUCUGCAUAACUCCCAAACAAAUUGUCAUCCCUGCAGGUGGCGCUGCUGCCGUCCACAUUUCCUUCACUCCGCUUAUGCUGCCUGAGAUCAUUAACAAGUUUGAAUGUGAAGGUUUCGCCUUGGGCUUCAUGAGUCUGGACACAGAGUUUGAUCGGAAGACCCCUGAGAAAGUGACCCGUGGGGACGGCCAUGCUGUUGCCCCUCUGCGCAUCGAUCUGCAAGCAUUUGUCAAACCAGCCUUGUUAACAGUUGAAAUGGAUCAUGAGAGCGGAUUGGUGUUUCAUGCAGUGGCAAGUGACCUUAUCCCAGAUGAGCCCAUCAAGGCCUGCCAAGUUUUGAUAGAUUUCGCCACGACCCACAACCUGAAACUCACCAAUGAUACAGAGACCCCUUUGUACUUCAAGCUUGUUUUAUCAAUGCCCUUCGCUGUGUCUGGAGUAGAUCCCAAAAAGAGCCUGAAAACCUCUCACAGUGACAGGGAUGAGGAAGGAAACCACCUUCUUCUCUAUGCACUUGAAAAUAUGCUGGUGAAAAUCUCAUUCCACACAACCCUGGAGAUACUAACUUACCAACAUCUUCCAGAAGACCAGAUGCUGCCUGGACUUCAAGUGCUCCAGCUUGAAAAUGGAGACAAAAUGCUGGAGUUUAGGCAAGAUCUAGUCAUUGAAUACAGUAACAAAGCAACCCAGGUGCUGCCUGUGGUUGCGUACCUGACUGUCCCGGUACUCGAGAUCUCUUGCCAAGUAAUAGAUUUUGGAACCUGCCUUGUUAACCAAGAGAAGAGUGACGGGAUCCUUGUGAUGAAUAAGAGUAAAUCCAAGAGCUACUGGACAGCUUUGCUAGAUCAAGAUGAACGGCACAGAGACCCUGUAGUGUUUUCCAUCUCCCCAAAUAAUGGCAUGCUUGAAGCGCGUGAAGGCAACUUACCCACCACAGUGCCACUGCUGGUCCGUUUUACACCAAGGGAUAGUGUGGAGUAUGAGACGACAGUGACCAUUGUAGGCAUGCUGGGGGAGAAGCCCUGCAUGCUCCACCUCAAAGGGAGAGGCUCUUAUGACGAGAAGUAUGAAGAAAGGCAUAAAACCUAACCAUUCCACGGCUUGCUGGCACCUACUGGAAAGCUGCGAUUGUAUGUGGUUGUAAGUAGUUUAUUUUUGCUAGUGCGUUUAUAGAAAAUAAAAAGGCAACAUUAAAAUCGG